CACCAACCUCCACGUUUCAUAGCAGAGCAGCCCUGUAAGCACUCUGCACGUCCUGCCUUUAGUGGUGCAGCUAUGAGCCUUCAGAACCCUGCAGCAAACAGCUUUCCUCUCAUAAUUCCAGAGGCCCCCAUCCCAGCCUCAUGUUUCCCCUACACAUCUGGUAAAGCAAAACCCCUCAUCUGCCUUUCCCUGCGCUAUCCUUCAGCCUGGAUUUAUUUCCCACGGCUGCUGAUGGAUGAAUGACAAUUGUUUUUGCUCAGCAAUUGCACUUGGACGGGAUGUGCAUUGUGAAGCUGCUUGACAAGCCAAGCGGUGGGAGAGGAGGGGUGGGAGGGGAGAUGUCUGCCAGGCGGGCGGGCGUGCAGUGCCAGUGGCUGCACUGAGCUUUCGCUGUGUCCACGGGGGGUGAGCCUUCCUCUCACCCCAGCCUUCUCCUCUGCCACACAAGAGAAGGAGAGAGCAGAAAGCAGAGGGUCCCCCGGCCCCGGCAGCACCCAGCUGCCUGGCCCACAUCUGCAGCAGGCGAGCCACGAGGAAGAGCCCCUUUGUCACCACGGCCACUUCACUUUUAAUUUAAAACCUUCACCUGCUUCCACAAGGGAUGAUGGAAGAGCAGUACAUUUCCAAACUGCACCCAGUAGUGGACUAUGGAGCUGGGGUCUUUCUUCUGAUCGUAGCCAUCCUGACGAUCCUUGGAAAUUCUGCUGUCCUUGCUACAGCAGUGAAACGCUCUUCCCUCCUGAAGUCACCGGAGCUGCUUACAGUCAACCUGGCAGUAGCAGAUAUUGGGAUGGCAAUCAGCAUGUACCCGCUGGCCAUUGCAUCUGCUUGGAACCACGCUUGGCUGGGAGGAGAUGCGUCCUGCGUAUACUAUGCCCUGAUGGGUUUCCUUUUUGGUGUCUGCAGCAUGAUGACGCUGUGUGCCAUGGCUGUGAUUCGAUUCCUUGUUACCAAUUCAUCCAAAUCUAACAGUAACAAAAUCUCUAAGAAUACUGUUCACAUCCUGAUUACUUUCAUCUGGCUCUACUCCUUGCUCUGGGCCAUUCUGCCCUUGGUCGGCUGGGGCUACUACGGCCCCGAGCCAUUUGGCAUCUCUUGUACAAUAGCCUGGAGCAAGUUCCACAGCUCCUCCAAUGGCUUUUCAUUCAUCCUGAGCAUGUUCCUCCUGUGCACAGUCCUGCCUGCUCUGACCAUCGUCGCCUGUUACUUGGGAAUUGCGUGGAAGGUUCAUAAAGCAUACCAAGAAAUCCAGAAUAUCAACAGAAUUCCUCACGCAGCUAAACUGGAGAAGAAGCUGACGUUGAUGGCUGUGCUCAUCUCAGUUGGUUUCCUGAGCGCGUGGACGCCGUACGCAGCAGCCAGCUUCUGGUCCAUAUUUAACUCCAGCGAUUCCCUGCAGCCCAUCGUCACGCUGCUGCCGUGUCUGUUUGCCAAGUCUUCAACCGCCUACAACCCUUUUAUUUACUACAUCUUCAGCAAAACUUUCCGUCAUGAAAUCAAACAGCUGCAGUGCUGCUGGGCUUGGCGAGUUCGUUUCUUCAGUACUGAUAACUCUGCAGACAAUUCUGUCUCGAUGAUGUGGAGUGGGAGAGAUAACGCGCGUCUCUCCUCCAAUGCAAAGGUGGAGAGCCAGGGAGCUGCAAUGCACUGACAUGCAGCAAUGCCUGCAGAACAAACGUCAAGAUUCUGACUCACUCGCGGAUCCAAAUAAGCAGGAAUGCAGCAUGCAGAGUUGUCACUGAAUAUCUUCUAUCGAGUACUAAGUUGUAAGUACAUAUUUUUCAAACUGCUCCCAGUUACUGUUUUUAAAAUGCACAACAACAACAACGCUAUUUUUUUCAAGAAUUUCCACCUUAGAGGAAAUAGAUUUAUGUACUAAACAAGAUCAUCAUCACCUUUGGUCGCACGAACAUUCAGGGGAACAGCUCUAGUUAAUUUUUUAUUUUUUUUUCCUGCUUGUAACUUUUUAAUGCAACCUAUCUGGGGACCCUUGGCUCUGUCAGUAACAGCCAUCAGAGCAAAGAGCAGCCUGAACACAAAGCACUACCAGAUAAGUACAUCUGAGAAAGCAACUUUCCUGAAUCACAGAAUGGUUUGGGUUGGAAGGGACCUUGAAGCCCACCCAGUUCCAACUCCUUGCCAUGGGCAGGGAUACAUCCCACAGACCAGGCUGCCCAAAGCCCCAUCCAGCCUGGCUUUAGAGACAGAAAAACAUAGAGGCAGCAAGAAAUACCCAUUGCCAGGAAAAGGUGAUGAAGUGGUUGUUCUCUACAUAUCUGAAAGAGAUCAACAAACUACACCCUUAGAUGUGCUGCUCCUCAAAUCACAAAGCAUAGAAAGGAGUCAAGCAGCCUUGGUCUGAAGAGGUUAGGUGGGAAUGCAGCAGCCUUCUGUAUAUUUCAGACAGCAGGAUGAGAUCUGAAGGACCCUCUUGGCAAAGGGAAUUGUGCUCUUAGGUUGUUGCUGGCUGAUAUCUCUUCUAACAUGAACAUUUGUUUCCUGGAGGAGAUAUGCUACGGCUGGGAACGGCAUGCCAAAAGAUGUUGCCAGGAUUACUUGCCUGGCAGAGAGUAAUCCUGCAGGUGCACUGAGAUGCUGAGUUCCUCACUGGCUGGAGGGAGCACCAGCAAAGACAUUUCUGUAUAUUUGCAGAGCGCCUGUCUGAUUUGGCACAGUUGGCAGCCAUUUACUACUACCAAUGGGGCUGACAGCUCCAUGUUAGCCUGUUAGCGAGCAGCUUUUUAUAGCUGUGCUGUUCCAGCAGCAGAGAACAUAGGGGAAAAGCAUGUUCCAUCCUAGCUUGCCAUCCCAUAAGAAAUCCCUAAUUAAGCAGGGAACUGAUCCCUAGCUUGAAGAAAAGUCAGUUCACCUGAAUAUUUUCUCUCCUUAAAGGGCCUAAUGCAAAUAGUGCAUGCUGGUAGAGAGAACCAUUCCUUCCCUAGACUCAUGAUUUUAUUUUUCAAUCUUAAUACAACAAGAGAGAAUUGAUAUACGUUAGCAAGUCCUAAUCUAGAGCUUUAAAGAGCCCUCCUUCAAGCAUUGAAGGAUUCCAGUUGAAGUUUGUGGGAAUUUAAUUUACUGAACUCAAAAGGAACAAGAUUUUGAAGAUAAUUAGAGUUUUAAAAAGCAAGGAAUCUAUACUGCAAACAUAGGUAGAUGGCUGAUAUUACCAGUGAGCAGAGAAACCCUAAAUAGGAAGAAAAGAAUAAAAAUAGCAUCAUUAUAACAAAGGAUUUUUUUUCAGUUCCUUCUAGAGGGGAGGCAAAAAUGGUGAGAGUUGAGGAUCAAUUUACCUAAGGAAAGCCUAGCUGUUAAAUAAACAGCUACAGCAAGAACAAUACUGGACAAGGGUACAGCAUUAAGUGAGAAUGAUCACUGAAAUGAACUUCACAACUGGUGUCCGUCAGGGGUCAGUCUUGGGACCAGCGCUCUUCAACAUCUUCAUCAAUGACAGACAAUGUCAUUAGUGCACCCUCAGCAAG